AUGGAGAAGGAGGAUGAGGGGGGCUGGCGAAGGGCCGGGAAAGGAGCAAAGGCUGGAUCCUCGCUGAGCUGCUCCGGCAGCUGCUGCUCCUCGCUGGCCAUGGCUGUGAAAGAUCCAACAGCAGUGGAACGAGCAAAUUUAUUGAAUAUGGCUAAAUUGAGUAUCAAGGGACUCAUCGAAUCUGCUCUGAGCUUUGGACGAACUCUUGAUUCUGAUUAUCCACCUUUGCAACAGUUCUUUGUUGUUAUGGAGCAUUGCCUGAAACAUGGCCUUAAAGUAAGAAAAUCUUUUCUGAGUUACAAUAAAACCAUCUGGGGCCCUUUGGAGCUUAUAGAGAAGCUGUACCCAGAAGCUGAGGAGAUUGCUGCCAGCGUGAGAGACCUACCUGGUCUCAAGACUCCAUUGGGACGUGCUCGAGCUUGGUUACGAUUGGCACUGAUGCAAAAAAAGAUGGCGGACUAUCUACGAUGUCUCAUCAUUCGGAGAGACCUUCUCAGUGAAUUUUAUGACUAUCAUGCCCUGAUGAUGGAAGAAGAAGGCGUCGUUAUUGUUGGGUUACUUGUUGGCUUGAACGUAAUAGAUGCCAACCUCUGUGUGAAAGGAGAAGACUUGGAUUCACAAGUUGGUGUGAUUGAUUUCUCUAUGUAUUUGAAGAACGAAGAUGAUACAGAAAGCAAAGAAAGAAGUGACCAUAUUGCUGCUAUAUUGGAUCAAAAGAAUUAUGUUGAAGAAUUAAACCGGCAGCUGAAUAGCACAGUCAGCAGCCUCCAUGGACGUGUCAAUUCUCUAGAGAAAUCAAACACCAAGCUAAUUGAAGAGUUAGCAAUAGCCAAAAACAACAUCAUCAAACUUCAAGAAGAAAAUCAUCACUUAAGAAGUGAGAAUGCACUCAUUUUAAUGAAAACACAGCGGCACCUAGAGGUGAACAAAGUGGAUGCUGAAACAGAACUCCAGACAUACAAACACUCCAGGCAGAGCUUGGAUGAAAUGUACAAUGAAGCACACAGACAACUUAGGGAAGAAUCACAAUUAAGACAAGAUAUAGAGAACGAGCUGAUGGUUCAAGUUGGAAUGAAGCAUGAGAUAGAGCUUGCAAUGAAGUUGCUGGAGAAAGAUAUACAUGAAAAACAAGAUACCCUUAUAAGCCUACGGCAACAAUUGGAGGAAGUCAAAGCAAUAAAUGUAGAAAUGUACCAAAAGCUGCAGUGUUCUGAUGAUGCCAUGAAAGAGAAGAAUGAAAUAAUUGGCCGUCUGGAGGAUAAAACCAAUCAGAUCACUGCAACUAUGAAGCAAUUGGAGCAAAGAUUGCAGCAAGCAGAGAAGGCUCAAAUGGAGGCAGAGAAUGAGGACAAGAGAUUUAAGCAAGACUAUAUGAGUAAAUCUGAAAGUCUGCAGAAAGAAAUCGCCCAAAAGGAGAAACAAUUGGGUCAGCUAGAGACAGAUUUGAAAAUAGAAAGAGAAUGGCGACAAACCAUGAAAGAAGACAUUAAAAAGGAAAAAGAAACAUCAUCUUCCUUGAAGACAGCAACCCAACAAAUCGUUCCACUGAAAAAGGAGUUCCUUAAAUUACAGGAAAAAAACAAGCAGUUGAAAAAUCUAUGCCAUGACCAAGAGGAAGCUCUCCAAGAACUAGCUGGCAAACUGAGCGAGUCAAAGCUUAAAAUAGAAGAUAUUAAAGAAGCAAACAAAACAUUGCAGGGGCAGGUCUGGCUAAAGGACAAAGAAGCUACCCACUGCAAAUUAUGUGAAAAGGAAUUUUCUCUAUCCAAAAGGAAGCAUCACUGUAGGAACUGUGGUGAAAUUUUCUGUAAUUCCUGCUCUGACAAUGAACUUCCUUUGCCAUCCUCACCAAAGCCUGUACGAGUCUGUGAUUCCUGCCAUGCAUUGCUCAUACAGAGGUGCUCUUCCAGUGUGCCAUGAGUGUCAUUUGUGGAUUUACAGAAUGUUGAACUUUCGCGAUAAGAGAUGCUGUACAGAUGUUUCAUGUAACCACCCAAUCUGAAACCAUUGUGUUAUUGUAAUAGUCCUGCAGUGCCAGCAUGAGGCCAUUGUAUAAUGCUGUGCCAAUGCAGUGAUUGGCAUGCCUUAUCUUAAGAAUGUAUUAGUCUGUACAACACAUCUUACAGUUGUUCCUUAAGGAUAUCGACAUGGCUUUGCGUAUUCCAUGCAGCUGCUAUUUUGCCAUUCAAGAUUUGCAUCCUUGGCCGUUUUUUUUUUUUUUUUAAAUGUUCCUAGCCUGGCAACACAUUGGCAGGAGCUCUGGACAAGAGAUUCAGUAUCCAGUGCACAACUUUGUAUUCCCCCUUCCCAUUACCUAUCAACAACAAAAAUAUUAUUUGAAGUCCUUCAUUAGAGACACAACUAACAAGUGCACAUUAAAUAUAAGCAAAUGGUUUCACUGACAUAAUAUUUGUUGGCCGAAUCUUUUCCUUGGGAUAGAAUUUGGCAUAUAUGCCCUCAAUUUAAUAAUUUAGCAACUUUUGGCUCUCAAGAUCCCUGUCUUUUACUGCAUCUGUUUCUGUACAUCUGUGAUAGAAGGUGGUCUGACAUAGGAUGGAAGUGGUUGUGCUUGAGCUGCAUGCAGGUGGGGCUCCACCUCAGAGACAGGCCUACAAACAUCCCUGAAUGACUUCCUACAUGGAUCUUGCAUGCAGGAUCUCUUAGUACCUCAGUAUGGGGGAAGGUAACUUCCCAACUUGCAUAAUGCACAGAGUGUCAUAGGAAAAGCUUGGAUAAGGAGGACUAGAGUGAAAUCCCUGCACCAGAUGGUAGCCCACCUGAGGAAUCACAGAAAUGUGCUUAAUUCCUUUAAAUAUAUCCCCUUAGUUUUGAAACUAACAGAUGGAUGACAUUGAGAACUUUUAUACUCUGUUGGGGUCUAAUCCCUGGUAUCUCCCCACAAUAAUACAGCAUAUAUAUGCUACAGAACGUUAAAGAACAAAGGACACUUGCUGACUUCACUGGGGUUUGUUUUGGCUUCUGAGAGCAGGUAUGUAACUAGGAAGCAACUUGUACAGUCAGGAACCCAUUUCUAGCCAGUUGCAUAGCCGAUGGGAAAUGGGAGGCAUAUAGAAAAUGAGAAAUCAAGACAGCACCAGGUAAGGAGCCGUUGUUGGUCUGCAGCAGAAGAGCAAGAUUUGGGUCCACUAGCACCUUACUUAGAGCCUAACAAGAUUUCCAGGAUACAAGCUUUCAAGAGUCUAAGUUCCCUUUGUCAGAAAUAAGAGAUUAAAUAAAAACAAAUAAUUGAAGCAAAUGAUUGUACAGCAAAAAUUUUAAAGCAUAAAACGUUCAUUAAAGCAUGAGUUCACAAGAUGUGUACAAAAAAUAAUUCUUCAGUAAUUCAUUUUAAAAUUGGGGUAAUUGGACACUUUUGUUAAUAUGGUAGUUUUACAAAGGCACCAGAAUGUUCUCAGUAUCUACAGAAUAUCUGAAGGUACAAGCCUCAUUUUAAGAUUCACAAGACUAUAUUAUGUACAUGUCAUGCAAAUGUCUUUAUUAAUUGUAGGUUAUAAGCAAGCUGCCUCUUUUAUACCGGAAGAUACUUUAAAUAUUUUAAUUAUCAUUCCUAGCUUUCCUGUACACUAACUGUAAUGACAAGCCACGAAUGGACUUGGGUUAUAUUAUUUCAUUGUAUAAAAAUUAACCUUGAUAGGCAGAUUUAUUUUAAUUUAAUCCAGUUUACACUAUUUUAUUCCAGCUUCAGGACAAGUUACUACAAAUAAACCCUCUAUAAUGUGUCAUGAGAUUAUAAUGUCUGAAAACUGAGACUAGAAUAAAUGACAGAACCAGCCUCUCAGAAAGGGUUUUCUAACACUUUUUUGGAGUCAGCAGCAAGUGGGGAUGAUAGAAAAUGCCCUUGCUUGCUUUAACUCUGGGAGCACUGCAGCUAGGGGAAAGCAGGCUGAAUGUUGCCGAUUUUCCACCCUCACACACUUUCAAGAACAUGAUAGAAAAAAA